AUGCAUAUUACCCUAGAUCAUCAAGAGUUCUAUAUUCCGGGCUCAGCUAAUGCUGAUGCUGGUACAUACCAGCGAACGAAACGGAAAGCGCCUGCCUCUUGGACUUAUCCCUCUCCUCCUCCUCCUCCUCCUCCUCCUGCUGCUGCUGCUGCUGCUGCUGCUGCUGCUGCUGCUGCUGCUGCUGCUACUGCUAGUGAAUCCAGCCAGCGACUUUCCAAUGUCUCGAACCCAGUUGGUAGUCGACAGCCGGACCACCCUAGGAGCAGCUGGGAAGAUCAACAGCCAAGAUAUGGCAAAGCCGAAUGUUCAUUAUUUGGCUCAAGUAGAUCAGCGGUCGAAUAUAGCCUGCAACAUCCUAUCCUUGCGGAUAGCCAGGGUCUAUCUGCGAAUGCACGCCAGUUGUCUGCCAUACGCCAGACGACAAGUAACAGAUUACUCGCAACUCCAUCCGCGAUCAAUAUCGACCAAGAGCCAGUGCUGGUGUUUGACGAAGAAGACCACGAGCUCGGCCUUACUGUUGGUGAACAGAUCUCCGACGACAGUUCUCAGGGGGACUUCAGCAACUACCGAGACCCCACUGCAACCCGAUCGCAUAGCGCAGUCGCGUGUCCGCAGGGCCGUCCGGAGUCAGCUUGGCCGCUUACGCAAAGAUCGACAUCACCAGAGCAUGGUCAUCAGCAGCAGAUCAGUGCCGAGCAGAUGGCAGUCUCCAAGUCAAGCUCUGUUUUAGCGGACCUUCCACCUAAGGAUACGAGUACAGGGACAUAUGAACAAUGGGAACUACAUCAUGGGUUGUUGAGUCGUAUUACACUCGGCUCCGAAACGCACUUUCAGAUACAAUUUGCAUGGGAUCACAACACAGAUGGCCAUAUCCGUCCCGGGGACUGGGAUCUUCCAAAUGCCCACCUACAAUCUACCGGCGACGGUACCCUCAACCUGUGCUUUUCUCGGGACGCUGGAGGGGAGCCGACCAAACAUCCUUCCAAGAAGCGUCGGCGCUCCUCUAAGACGGUCGAAAAAGCUAAGAAGGUCAAAAAUGCCAAGAAGGUCGGAAAAGCUAAGAAGAAGCAGUUAGCCGUUAAUACGGAAGCUGAUGACCAAGAAGAUGACCAAGAAUAUGAAGUUGACUGCAUACUCGAGAAAUACAGGAAUCAGUUCCUCGUCAAGUGGAUGGAGGGCAAGCCGAGUUGGACGACAAGAGAUAAGAUCAAUGCAGACCUCAGAAAUGACUUCGACAAUGUCUUUAAGGGUUAUGGGCGCGGAAUUGAACUCCUCGAGGUCAGGCUUUCCAAAAAGCGUGUCAAAGAGUACCGUGUCAAGUGGAAAGAUGAUGAAAUAUCUUGGGAGAGAGAGGGACAAAUCGACUGGAGCGUGUACAAAGGCUGCUCAGAAUCUGCUCAGUUUUUGGAAAAGAAAGAUAACGUCAACGAGGAAGGCAAAGGUCCUCCUCGGCUCGAUGUAGUAGCUGAGCUGGCGCAGAAGCGCUACACCGCUUCAGAGCCCGCAUGGGGAUGCUUAAUCAAGGUGUACCGCUGGGUUGUCGACGGUUUUACUGCGUACUACCGUUCACCUUUCCGCUCUGCGGGGACUGCUGAGGAGUGCUGA